AUGGUCGAUUUACACGAUUUUUACCAAAUCGGCCAAUCAGAACGCAAGGAUACGCAUGACGUUCAAAAUCAAAGUGAUAACGAAAAGCGCGAACCAUGGAGAUCUGGUUCCUCAGGUACAACUGGAAACUAUUUCCAAGGUGGCAGUGAACCCAGCUCUAAGCGUGACGUUUAA